AUGGGGAGACUCAACAAGACAGUAGUGACUGAGUUCAUCUUGGUGGGACUCUCCAAUCAUCCCCAGGCACAGGUUGCUUUCUUUACAAUUCUCUUGGUGAUCUACCUGCUCACCCUGCUGGGGAACAGCCUAAUCACAGUGGUCAUCUGGACUGACUCACAGCUCCACACCCCCAUGUACUUCUUUCUCAGCAACCUCUCCUUCCUAGAUAUCUGCUACACAUCCACCUCUGUACCCCAGGCGUUGGCCAACUGCUUUAUAAAGCGACCCACCACCUCCUUCAUUAACUGUUUUUCCCAGAUGUGUAUCUCACUCUACCUGGGUGUGACAGAGUGCUUCCUGCUGGCUGUCAUGGCCUACGACUGCUUUGUGGCCAUCUGUAAUCCCCUGCACUACCCCCUCAUAAUGAAUGGGAGGGUAUGCAUCCAGUUGGCAGUUGGUGUGUGGGCCAGCUCCUUCUUCCUGACAGUGAUCCCUGCCCUUACAAUGCCAGCUGAAUUUUGUGGGUCCAAUGUCAUCAAUCACUUCACCUGUGAAGUCCAGGCUGUGCUGAAGCUGGCCUGCUCUGACACCUAUCUCAAUGGCAUCAUGAUGUUUGCUAGUGGGGUCCUAACACUUCUCAUACCCUUUGCCUUCAUUUUGGUGACAUACAUCCGUAUUGGCAUGGCUGUGUUGUGCAUCCGCUCAGCCCAGGGAAGAAGCAAAGCUGUUUCCACCUGCAGCUCUCAUCUAACCGUAGUCAGUAUAUUCUAUGGUACAGCCAUGGUCAUGUAUGUUCGCCCACAGACCAAGUCUAUCUCUGAACAGGACAAACUGUUUUCUGUCUUCUAUGGGGUGGUGACACCCAUGCUAAACCCUCUAAUCUACAGCUUGAGGAACAAGGAUGUGAAGGGAGCCCUGAAGAGGGUGGCUGGCAAGAAAAUGCUCACUUAA